AUGUUUGCUCGCACUCUUAGACAGUUUGCCCGCAGAAGGCUAUCCAGAUGGUCUGUUCCGGUGUCGGGAAUGGCUUUAGGCGCCGCCCUGUUGGCUACCAACUCGGGCCCUAUGUUCAACGAUUCUAGAAAGAAAAAACGCAUUAUCUUUCUGGACGAUGACGAGGACGACGAGGACGAAGAGGAUCGCAAAGAAAGAGAACGGCAAGAGGCCAUAGCCAACAAGCCUUCGCUCUCCACCGUCUACUCCCUAACCGAUUUUGAGAGUAUUGCGAAAAGAGUUCUACCUGAAGGAAUCUGGGGAUACUACUCCACCGGCUCCGACGACGAAAUAUCCUUGCGAGAAAACCACUAUGCCUUCGGCAGAAUCUUCUUCAGGCCUCAAUGCCUAAUUGAUGUCAGCAGCUGCUCAUUGGACACAGAAAUUCUGGGCACCAAACUCUCUGCGCCAUUCUACAUCACCGCAUUUGCCGGCUCUCCCUCGGCCCAUCCCGUGGCAGAAAGAGGUCUCCGCAACGCUGCUGGACUCGAAAACAUUAUUCAUCUAAUUCCAUUUCAACUGUCCUUCCCGGUGGAGGAAUAUCAGGCUGGCCUGAAACCCGGACAGCAGAACUUCUAUCAAUUGCAUUUCUAUAACCAAAAACAGUUUGACGAGGCUCCCGAGUUUUUCAAGAAACUGGAGAGCAUGCCUAAUAUUAAAGCCGUUUUCAUCAAUGUCGACCUCAACGCUCUCGGCAAUCGUGAAAAAGACAGCAAGAUCAGAGCACGGAUCGACUCUGGAACGACAGAGGCUCUCGAAGUGUAUGCGCAUUCCGACGUCAAGUACUUCAACCUCACCUGGGACCACAUGAAACAGAUCCAGCAGAUGACCAAGCUUCCUAUUGUGUUGAAGGGUGUUUUGAAUAAGAACGAUGUGCUCAAGGCUGCUGAGGCUGGUCUUGCAGGUGCUCUUAUCUCAAAUCACGGUGGUCGUCAGCUCGACUUCGCCAUGCCUCCAAUCGAGAUUCUGGCCGAGAGCAAGCAGCUUCUCAAAGAGAAAGGACUGGACAAGAACUUUGAGCUAUUUAUUGAUGGAGGAGUUAGAAGAGGCUCGGACAUUAUCAAGGCUCUCUGCCUAGGAGCUUCGGGAGUCGGUCUGGGAAGACCGUUUCUGUAUUCGCUGGCCAGCUAUGGUGAAGAGGGCGUUCAAAGAGCGAUUCAGAUUUUGAAGACCGAGAUGAUCAGGGACAUGAAACUGCUGGGAGUCAGCUCUAUCAGCGAGCUCAAUGAAGAUAUGGUGGACAUUACCUCAUUGAAGUACAAAGGACUGCAAACCAGAGACCAUCUGUACGACCAGAACUAUACACCUAUGCCUGAUCCGCCAUUCCGAAAAGAGUGA